UCUCCCGUAACGCCCGCUGCCGCCCGACACCGUUAAUGUCCCGUAACGCCCGCUACCGCCCGCUACCAACCUGUAUCUACUCAUAGUAAAACAACUAUUAUUUGGUCCAUAAAAUAUUGGAUUAUAGUUUUUAAACAACUAUUUAAGGAUAGUUAAAAAGUUCAACUUCCUUUUACAGUUUACCAAAACGAAAUAUAAUUGUAAACACGCGAGUUAAUGAUUUUACAAAAAAAUGGAUUUUCAUAAGUUUGUUCAAUUAUCUUCAACGUUUUCAGGUAACAAUACUAACAUUACUAAUAUGAAUGCAGAUAGAUCUAGUAGUGAAUCGGGUGAAAGUGACAUUGAGUGUGAGGAAGAUGAUAUUGCUAAUAAUGAACUAGAUCUAGAUCUAUCUGAUACUGAUGAUUUAAACCCUGAUGAUGGUGACGAAGUUUCUCUAGAUGUAGAUAACCCAUCUUAUAACUGGAGUGAUGAUCUGAAUCCAGUGGAAAUAGAGAUGUUUACUUCUGGUGUUGGGCCCAAUAUGGGGGAUAUAAACUUAAAUUAUAAGUCCCAACCAAUUGAUUUUUUUAAGCUUUUCUUUUCUGAUGAAUUGUUAGAAUUGAUUGCUAACCAAACUAAUUUGUAUGCUGUGCAGGCUAGUGCCAAAAACUUCACUCCGGUAUCUAUGAUCGAUGUAAGCACAUUCAUUUACAUCAACAUGAUGUUUGGCAUACACAAACUGCCUGCAUACCACCUUUACUGGUCAACAGAUAAUUUAUUUAGGGUACCCUGUGUGGCAGAUGUCAUGUCCAGAAAUAGAUAUCAGGAAAUAAGUAGAUAUUUCCAUUUGGCUGACAACACUAAGUAUAUACCUAAGGGACAGAUAAAUUAUGAUCCCCUAUUCAAGAUUAGGCCCGCCAUUACCACCAUACAGUUUGCAUGCAAAGAAUAUUUUAGACCUGGUACAGCUAUAUCUUUUGAUGAAGCAAUGAUUCCAUUUAGGGGUAGACUGUCAUUCAAACAGUAUAUUAAGGGGAAGCCUCACCCAUGGGGGGUAAAAGUUUGGUGUGCCUGCGACUCUGCCACUUCUUAUCUUCUCGAUUUUGAAUUUUAUGCUGGUAAAUCCGACACGGCUCUACCCAAUGGACUUGGAUACCAUGUUAUAUGGUCUUUGGGUCAGCGUUUCCUACACAAAUAUCAUCAUUUUUAUUAUGAUAAUUUUUUUUCUUCGAUAAAAUUAUCGGUGGAUUUGAUGACCAACGACACCUAUUCUUGUGGAACUAUUCGCCAAAACAGAAAGCACUGGCCCAAAGAGCUGACAGGAAAAUUAAAAGUCAAUCACUGUGAGUGGAGGCAAAUAGACAAUUUAGUUGCUUGCUGGUGGAGGGAUAAACGUGCCAUUUCAAUGUUGUCCACCAAUGCAUCACCUGUUUGGAACACAGCUUCAAGGCGAACAAAGGAUGGCGCUGCCGACAAGCAGAUUCCCCAGGCAGUUCUAGUGUACAAUGCUAAUAUGGGAGGUGUAGAUAGGCAUGACCAACUCAGGUCCUACUAUCCAAUUGGCAGAAAGAGCCAUAAAUGGUGGAGAUGCUGCCUAUGGUUUUUGCUUGAGGUGGCUGUUUUAAACUCAUACAUACUAUUCUGCAACAUACCACGCCCCCCUACAGUGAAACCACUAACCCAUCUACAAUAUCACAUGAGUGUUGCCCGUAGCUUGAUGAAGGGCUCAUCUAGGAAGAGGAUCCAGAGAGAGUCUACAACUACAGUUGGAUUGGCAGUAUCUGGUGCUUCUGUUGAACACCACAGGAUUAGGCUCCCUGGCCGCAAAAAAGUGUGUUACCAGUGUCGCCAGAAGGAUGUCCGCACCGAAGGAAGUAGGAGACCAGAGACUGUUUUUGGAUGUGUUUUGUGCAAUACACAUUUAUGUGAUGAACUCUGCUUUGCCCAGUUCCAUGUUCAGCUCAAAUAAAUUACAUUUUAUGUUAUUUAAAUAAAGAAAUAGUUAUCUAAAAUGCAGUUUUUUGUUUUUUUCGUGUUUUUUAAAUUUAUUUUGCAAAUACCUAUAUGUUAAAUACUGACAUAUUUGGUAUCAGUUUUUAGAGCAUUCAAUUCUCUACAAUAUAAGAUUUUUUAAAAUUUAAUUAGUUAUUUACUGAAAUGAGUUUAAUUGAUUGCUGUAAAAUUAGUCAUUUAAUCAUUUAGAGUUAUUCCCCUUACGCUGGGACUCCAUGGUUGGUAAACUUGGAGAUGCUAUGGGAC